AUGAGCUUGAAUAUCGUAUCGUCCACUGAAAAGAACGGUAAUGUUGAAGAUAAAUAUGGUGUAACACAUGUCUGUCAUGCAAUUAAAAAAGGUGAUAAAGAUCUUAUCCUUGUUUAUAUUCAACAAGGACUUGAUAUGAACUAUCGAAAUAGUGUCGAUGGUGUAACAGCAUUUAUUCGUGCUUGCAAUACAGGAAAUGUUGAUAUAGUCAAAUUUUUACUUGAUCAUGUAAAUAAUCUCAAUAUCAAUAUAACAGAUAAAUGUGGUCAUUCAGCACUUGAUUAUUCAUGUCAAUAUGGUCAUAAUGAAAUUCUUCGUUUGCUCCUUCAACGAUCAGAACUUCAAGUCAAAUUAUAUUCGAUUCAAAAAGGAUUAACAAAUAUUGACGUAAACAUUUUGAAAGAACUUAUUGAUCGUUAUAAAAUCCAAGGGAAUUCGUUAUUGAAUCUUUUAAUCUUUCUUGCAAAAGAGUCUGCGUCACUCGAUCUCUUUCAAUAUGUACUUGGCGACAAGACAAAUUCUAUUGUUCUUGCUGACGAUAUUUUUCUAUCGGCCUGCCAAGGACAAAAUAAUAUCGACACGGUCGAUUGGUUAUUGAACGAAGGUGGUGAAUUUAAAUCAAAAAUUAAUACAUGUACCGAUGUGAAAGGUAUGACAGGGCUUAUGCAUGCAGCAUAUAGUCAAUCAUACUCGAUUGUUAAACUAUUAUUAGAAAAUGGAGCUGAUCCACAUGUAAAAGAUCAUAACAAUUCUGAUGCUAUUUAUUGGGCUGAGAUGAGUUAUGAUGAUGGUGCUGAUUAUAUGCGUGUUAGAGAUCCACCUGAUAUCGUUGUUGAUAUUAUUCAAAUUCUUCGUGAAUAUGAACCUCAUUAA